AUGCAGUACUUGAUCACCAGUCUCAGUGAUGCAGCUUUAGACACUGUGCGCUCACUCGAGCCCAGUGAAGAAAAUUAUGACAAAGCUUUAGAUUUAUUAAAAGUACGUUUUGAUAAUAAAUUACUUCAUUUCCAGGCACACAUAAAGGCAAUUUUCGGGCUACAAGGCAUGGAAAUGGGCGCAUCAGAUGGGUUACGAAAAUUAAGCGAUCAAGUAAAUGCACAUCUUCGAGCGCUGCAAACUUUAGCAACUACUGAAGAGAUAUAUAAUAGUUUACUCAUACACCUCAUCACAAGCAAACUGGAUAGACAAACGCACGAAAAAUGGGAAGAGAAUUUAUCUGCACACAAAUUACCUACAUGGAUUGACAUGUCAACGUUUUUGGAAAGAAGAUGCCGCAUGAUGGAGAAUUUGGAAAACGCUAUGGUCAUACAGGCACCUAGCAAACAGGUGAAAAAUAUUGUAUCUCAAGCAAAAUCAAAAGCAAGCGUACUCGUUACUGUAGGUGGUGGCAAGCCCACUCCACUCUUUUCAGUAUCUGGCAUUGGAGAAUCGAGUCUCAAUGCAGACAGAUGCGUCGACAUAUUUGCCCAAGCGCAAGAUGGUCGUUUUUCGACAUCGUUCACAGCUUUAAUAACACAAAGAAUAACAGAAUAUCAGCCGAAUUUUGAUAUCAGCAUUGAGGGCUGGAACAUACCAAACAACAUUAACUUAGCUGACCCAUCAUUCUUCAAAGCAAACCGUAUUGAUGUUUUGAUCGGUGCGGAAUUAUUCUACGACUUAAUUUGCGUUGGACAAUUUAGAAUUGCUGAUCACCUACCAACACUGCAAAAAACUAAGUUGGGCUGGGUAGUUUCUGGAGGCGUAUCAAAUAUCAGUAAUAAAUUAAUAACUCUUUCGGCAUUCAGAAAUUUAACACCGCCACAUGAUAGUGCUGAUACACUUUCAAACAUUGUUAAACGCUUUUGGGAGGUCGAAAAUGGUUUCGAUUCUACUCCAGCAUUAUCAGAAGAGGACGCUUUUUGUGAGCAGCAUUUCAUACAAAAUUUUCUUCGUUUGCCUUCAGGGGACUACUCAAUUCAGGGCGCUAGAAAAAAACUCCAAAAGGAUCAAUCCACAAAACUUUUAUAUUCGGCAUUUAUGCAGGAGUAUAAGGAUCUUGGUCAUAUGUCGCUGGCAUCAUUUCAAGCAGACAAACCAGUUUACUACUUACCGCAUCACUGCGUUAAAAAGCAAGACAGUACCACUACAAAACUGCGCGUGGUUUUUGAUGGGUCCGCUAAAACUACUUCAGGACUUUUCAAAGUUGCACUACUUGGCGACAUAUGUAAAAUGUAUCGCUGCAUUAAAAUGAGUAGCCCUGAUGACCAGUUGCAGUGCAUUCUUUGGCGCGAUGACCCAUCUGAGCAAAUCGAGACAUACAAGUUAAACACGGUCACAUAUGGAACGAGGCCUGCUGCUUUCCUAGCUAUUCGAGCUAUGCAUCAGCUUACAUUUGAUGAGGAGGAAUCAUUUCCAGUCGGCGCUAAAAUCAUUCGAAGAGAUUUUUACGUGGAUGAUUUGAUAUCUGGUGGCGAUUCAAUCGAGGAGGUCAUACAAAUGAAGCAAGAGAUCAGACAGCUACUUCUACGAGGAGGCUUUCCAAUUCGAAAAUGGUGUUCUAAUGAAGUUGAUGUUUUGAAAGAUGAAGACGAAAGUAAUUGCGAAAAAUUCAUAAAGUUUCAUGAUGGUACAGAUGUGACAAAGGCACUUGGCCUUGUGUGGGAACGUAUCUCAGACAACUUUCUAUUCAGUUUCACACCAAUCUUGAAUUCGCAGAAAAUUACAAAGCGAUCUAUUCUUUCAGUCAUAGCGCGGUUCUACGAUCCACUUGGCUUAAUAUGCCCAGUUAUCACAAAGCUGAAGAUCUUCAUGCAAGCCUUAUGGAAGGAAAAACUGGUUUGGGACGAAAGCCUGCCGCAAUCGCUACAGUCCAUUUGGUUGGACUUGUGUGGUCAACUUUCAUUCGUUAGCAAUCUUCAUUUUCCACGAUACGUGCUUGCACUGCAAGCCCGCGUCCAAAUUCAUGCCUUUUGUGAUGCCAGUUUAUCCGCUUAUGGUGCUUGUGUUUACACACGCGUUGAAAAGCACGGCGUCAACAAAAUACAUCUUCUAUGUUCCAAGUCCAGAGUUGCACCUUUGAAGUCGAUCACGGUUCCGAAACUCGAGUUGUCUGCUGCGUUGUUGUUAGCGGAAUUGGUUUCAAAUAUUUUGGAAAAUAGCCAACUAUCAUAUGAGUGCCAUUGUUGGUCGGAUUCAAUGGUUGUAUUGUCGUGGCUACGAUCUGCUCCCAGUAAUUUUAACAUAUUUGUAUCAAAUCGCGUAGCUAAAAUACAAUCGCUUACAUCAGGUAUGACCUGGCAUCACGUUCCAACCGAACUGAAUCCUGCGGAUAUUCUUUCGCGCGGCUGCACUCCAAAAGAGCUUCUAAAUAACACUCUUUGGGCUAAUGGACCUUCAUUCCUCCAAUUUGAUUCAGCGCAUUGGCCAAGCAAUAUGGAUUUCUUAUCCAAUCUUCCAGAAAGACGGCGCCAUGUUUUAAUUGCUGCAACUCAAAUGGAUGAAACUUACGGUUGCAAGUUCCAAAAUUCAUUCAGCAAGUUACAGCGUGUGUUUGCGUACGUUUACAAAUUUUGCCACAUUAAAUCAAAACGAACUUUACCAUCAGCUGGAUUUCUCACAGUCGACGACAUUAAAGGUGGUACACUGCUGCUAAUCAGGCAUAUCCAGCAAGUGCACUUCGCAUCAGAAUACAAAAUACUGAAAGAAAACAAACAGUUGCCUUCCUGCAACCAUUUACUGUCACUCAAUCCAUUUAUCGACGACUUUGGUUCAUUACGCGUUGGAGGGCGCCUCUAUAAUUCGAAUUUAGAAUUCGAGGCAAAACACCCACGUUUGCUACCUAAGCAGCAUCCAGUCACUUCCGCACUCAUUGAAUUCUAUCAUCGUAAACUAUUGCAUGCAGGACCGCAGAGCUUAUUAGCAUCAAUUCGUCAGCAGUUUUGGCCUAUUGGUGGGCGCAAAACAGUUUCAAAAAUCAUUAAUAAAUGCUUGAGGUGCUUCCGCCUUAAGCCCAGGGUACUGCAGCAAAUUAUGGGUCAACUUCCUACAGACCUGGUCUCACCUUUUAAUACAACAGGUGUUGACUAUUGUGGACCACUCCAGUACAAAUGUGAGGGGGGCAACCGGCCACCCGUGAAAUGCUACGUAUGUAUCUUUGUUUGUUUUUCAACGAAAGCAUGUCAUCUUGAGCUUGUCCAAGAUUUAUCGACGUCAUCGUUCAUUGCUGCACUCAAACGAUUUAUCAGCAUUAGAGGCAAGCCAAGCACUAUUUGGUCUGAUAACGCUACAAAUUUUCUUGGGGCAAAAAAUGAGCUAGAAGAGCUGCGAAAACUAUUCGCCGAUCAAAAUCACAAUAGAGCAGUAGCUGAAGCUUGCAUUGAAAAUCAAAUAGAUUGGAAAUUUAUUCCUCCCCGCUCGCCCCAUUUUGGCGGCUUAUGGGAAGCUGCGGUCAAGUCCGCAAAACUUCAUUUUUAUCGCACCGUUGGCGUCUCUAUUUUAACCUUCGAUGAGCUUCGCACUCUCAUUUGUGAAAUUUCUGCUAUUUUAAAUUCUCGUCCCCUUUGUCCAAUUACAGAAAAUCCAGACGAUCUUGACGUGCUUACACCAGCGCACUUUCUCAUUGGUGGGUCAUUUACAGCCAUAGAAGAACCAAUUGUUACGCAUCUAAAUAUGAACCGUCUAAGCCGGUGGCAGCGAAUUUGUCAGAUGCAGCAAAUCUUUUGGCAAAGGUGGAGCACUGCGUAUCUAUCAUUACUGCAAGAGAGGUGUAAGUGGCGAAAUCCCAUGGCAAACAUACAACAAGGUGCUAUGGUGCUUUUAAAGGAUGACAAUCAACCGCCUUUAAAAUGGAGUCUGGGUCGGGUUGAACACACCUUCAGUGGCGCUGACGGAUAUGUUAGAGCAGCGAUCAUUAAAACAGCAAAUGGGCCAGUAAAACGAGCUAUAACUAAGAUUGCAGCACUUCCGGUUGAAACAGAUUUGGUUGAAAGCCUACACCUUCCAACGGGGGGAGUAUGUAUGCAGCAGGAAUCUGCAUAA